UUAAAAUAUUCUGUUAUUAAAACUCAUCCAUCUUCAUUUGUCUCCACAGAACCGUUUCCAGUCUGGGCCAUAGUUCUACUGGUUCUACUGGUUCUGGCUCUGGUUCUGGCUGCUGCUGCAGGAGUUUCUGUUUAUUUCUGGUUCCGCUGGAAACCAGCCCCAGAACAGAAGGAGGUGGAAUCAGGGGUGAAGUCUGUCCUGCUGUCCUUUAAGGUCCCACAUCGCCUGUGGUUCUGUAAAUACAGACUGUCUGUGGCUAAAGUGGAGUGGAGGGACGGAGACAACAGGACCGUCCAUGUGUAUCAGAACGGUUCUGAUCAGCCUGGAGAACAGGACAAGAUCUACAGAACCAGAACCAGGAUGGAUGAAAACCUGCUGAAGACUGGAGACCUCAGUCUGACUCUGUCAUGGCCGACUGAUGGAGACGGAGGGAUCUACAGCUGCAGAGUCUACAACAGGAAGGGAGACGUCCUGAUGGAGAAACAAGUCUGGCUAAAGGUCAAAGUCCAAGAACAGGUGGAGGUGGAAUCAGGGGUGGAGUCUGUCCUGCUGCCCUGCAGAACCACAGAGAGUCUGGAUGGAGACGUUAGAGUGGAGUGGAUGGAUGACAGAGACAGGAAGGUCCAUGUGUAUCAGAACGGUUCUGAUCAGCCUGGAGAACAGAACGAGUUCUACAGAACCAGAACCAAGAUGGAUGAAAACCUGCUGAGGAAUAAAGACCUCAGUCUGACUCUGUCAUGGCCGACAUAUGGAGACGAGAACCUCUACAGCUGCAGAGUCUACAACAGGAAGGGAGACGCCCUGAUAGUGAAGCGAGUUCAGCUAAAGGUCAAAGACCCAGAACAGGUGGAGGUGGAAUCAGGGGAGGAGUCUGUCCUGUUGUCCUGGACAAUCACAAAGGAUCUGGAUGGAGACGUUAGAGUGGAGUGGAGGGACAGCAGAGACAAGAAGGUCCAUGUGUAUCAGAACGGUUCUGAUCAGCCUGGAGAACAGGACCCGUCUUAUAGAACUAGAACCAAGAUGGAUGAAAACCUGCUGAAGACUAAAGACCUCAGUCUGACUCUGAGACGACCCAGAGAGAGAGACAGAGGCAUCUUCACCUGCAGAGUCUCCAACAGAGCUGGAGUCAUCCGGAGGAUGAAACAAGUUGCUCUCCAUGUCAAAGGUCAGUGGUUUAAAUGUAUUUUUCCAAUCAGCUGAUUGGUUGUAAUCAAUAAUGAUGGUUGGCUGAUCACAAGGUCAAAGGUCAGUGUGAGCAGGAGAUAGAGGUCCAGGUUGGUUCUGUUUGGUUCUACCAGUAGAACCAACUGGAUCAGUUCUGGUUCUGAUAGGAAGAGAUGAAGCAGAGGAAAGAAAACGGUAAAAAGACGAGAGAGAGCAGCUGGAAGGACAACCAGGAAGGUAGAGAGAGAAACAUCAGAGCUGCAGUCAGAGGAAGUUCCUCCUCCAUCUUUCUCCACCAGAGAGAAUAAAUGAAUCCUCCACUGAGGACGUUCAGCAGGUGGAUCACUGGGUGAAGGAGUGAAUGCAGAGUGAAUGAAUGAAUGUAGAGUGAAUGUAGAGUGAAUGCAGAGUGA